CUGCCUUGCCCUUGCCUUCCCAAUAAAACACUUAUAGCUACUUGCUUUGAAUCUCGUGAGAUAUCCUCGACUUUCUGGCUUUCUUCCUGAGAGCCUUACAAGAUGCCCUCCAAGCAGUCCUCUAAGAAGAAGGUGCAGGACGUUGCGCCUCCGAAAAAACAAGGGAAUCCGUUCACGAAGCAGUCGCCGACUAUGGCAAUGGUAGUCCAUUUGAAUGAUUCAAGUAGUGGUGAUGUGUGCUCUAAUCUUCAACUAUCUUGCAGACCAAAACAUCUAGCAUUUACUUUCGCUUAUCUUGAUUUGAUACAUAUUGAUUGAUAAUUCAUAGAUCUAAAUGCCUUCAUCUAUGUAUACGCUCCUAGGUAGUAAGUCAAGUCUGUGCACUAGUUUUGCUUCAACCUAGGUAGAUGGGUUUGAGUUUAUCUCUCCGCUGCUAAAUCUAAAUGAUUUAGAUUUGAGAACUGGAAUAGCAUAACUGUACUUAUUCAAAUUGUAACUCCUUCUUUCAUGACGUGGGAAACAGUUUUAGACUAUAUUAAUCUAUCAGGACGAGUAGAUCAACAGAAGUCCAUAUGUAGUUCGGUAUCUAUGGGAGCCACACACAAGGGCAGCCGACUCCAUGUCAUGUGUAGGAGCCGGCAUGGCGAUUGCGGCUCUGCGUGGGCACUUGAGGUAGGAGGGCAAAGGCGGGUUUCUUUUGGUUGGAUUGUGUGAGGCCAAGGGUUGCUUGGAUCAUCUUUCGGCUGCUCUAGGUAGCUGGCGACACGGUGUUAUCCAUGAACAGUAAGGCUCUUUGGUUCCUUGUUCGGAUUCGGCUUCGUGUUGUUCAGGGACAGGGUCAUCUUCGUGCGUUGUUCCUAGUGCUGUUGGAACUCGUGGAAUGUGGGGCCAGUCGUUUCUUAUUUCAUGUCUUUCCGUAGCAGUAGUAGUUUCAAUGCCUCCUCUUAACUAUUCUAAAUUUCUAAACCGUACUCAGCCUCAGCGCUUUUUCUAAGUAUCUAAAACUAACCUUUUCUUUCUAAAUUAAUUCUUAAGUCUAAGUCUCGCUGUGGAUGUCUCAACUUUUGAUCUACUAAUCGAUAAACAUCUUAGCUUCUCCUUCUCCCUCUCUAACACUUACACCAAAACUGCUACGGUGGUAGCAUCCCUGGGACUGAGCAAUGAGACCGGCAUUGUUGCGGCGCGCAAUUUCAUCCUCCGAGUCGUGAAGGAGAACCCCGCUGGCAAGUGCUCUGAGAUCGUGAAAAAGGUGCAGAACGAUCGCAAAAUCGUGGGCUUGAAGGUUGAGAGAACAAAGGAUGAGGAACUGUGGCAUUUGGGCAAGCGGAUCGACGUGCAAUGUGGCAAGGUCAUCAGCAAAGUCGUGGACUUGACGAACGUUCCGAUCAGUCGCCUUCUUGGGGAGAUCGCGGCACUUUCUUUUCAUUCCAUAAGUCAUAGUUGUGUUGUAAUUUAGAUUUAUGACGUUGUGGCUUUUGUGAUCGUGUUUGUUCGACAUGACUGCGACUUGCGUAUGACAUGAGUUUUAGACUUUUAGGAAAUUUUGAACACACUCUUCCUUCCUCUUUAAUCUCAUGAAGAUUGAUUUUGCUUCGUCUACAAUUUUAAACUUUCUCUUCCACAGGUGGACUUCUCGGGAAAGUACGAGCACAGCGGGGAAAUUAUCUACGAAGCUUCUGCGAUGUCCGUUGCGUUGUUUUAUGGAAGGUUUAGAGCUUCUUGA